CCACAAGAACUAUGAUCACUGAAGAAAAUUUUUUGUUUCGAUCUUCAGGUCUCUUCUGUCCAAGAAGUUCUGUUAAAGGAUAAGGUGCAGGACCUCACCGGGGUGUGCCAGAAUCUUGAGCUUAAAAAUGCUGCAAAAACAUCAGAGGUUGAACAAAUGAAAGGAAAGAUUUGUCUGAUGGAGAGCGAAAUCAAGGGACUGAAAUCCAAACUUUCAGCAUAUGAUCCAGUCAUAGCUUCCCUAGGAGAUGAUAUAACACUCAUAGAGCACAAUCUACUACUUCGUUCCAACCUUAAAGCUGCACAUAGUCAAGAGACAGAGCAGUUUCUGGAAUUUGCUCUUCAAGCUAGUGAAGCCACAUCUCUGAUACCUUCGGAAGAUCAAUCCCUUCUUAGUUUGCAGAAUUUGCAGAUGAGAGCUAAGGUAGUCAGAAAAUUGAUGGAAGACACAAACAAACCUGCUUUGCGGAGAAGAUCAAAUUCAAAGAGCAAACAAGAACCUGUGAUUGGUGAGGUUGACCACUCGAAGAUGCAGCCCAACUCAGGUAGAGACAAGCAUGAGCGCAGCAGCAAGAAAGCAUAUUCAAGUGAGCUGAAUGACUCUCCCAAGUUGCAGAAAGCAAAAGCCAAAGCCUCAGAAGCCCGAAAUGUGAUGCUAAUGAAAGAUAUUCCUCUUGAUCAAGCCUCUGAUAACUCCAUGAGGAAGACUGGUAACGCUGGCUCUGAUGAUCUGAUGCUUGAGCUGUGGGAGACUGUCGAGAAUGGAAACAGAGAUCAAACAAUUGGAGAAUCUCUUAGGUUGACGGGCAGAUCAAAGGGAAGGGAAAGAGCUUAUGAUCAAUUACUACCAUCCACCGACUCAGAUAUGGAGAAAGAGUGGGCCGUGGAUAAGCUGGAGCUGUCGGCUAGAUUCACCGAGCCUAAUCAAGAACUGAACGACAAACACAUCCUCGCGAGACUUGCCUUCGAUGCUGAGAAGCUGGAAAGUCUCCAGACAGCACUGUAUGACUUGAGAAGGAAACUGGAGAUGAACAAGAAGAAUAGAAAGGCCAAAAACGUCGAUUUUGGAGCAGUUAAGGAACAGUUGCAGGAAGCAGAGGACACACUAGUUCAUCUGGUUGAUUUGAAUGUACAGCUGGUGAAGAACAUAGAAGAGUGCCCUCCUGAAGAAAUGGCUUCUCCAAGGCUGAAAGAGACGAUGAAGACAUGGAGAGUCAAGGUGAUGGAGCAAGCUGAAAAGGGGUCCGAGAGGAUCAACGUGCUCGAACUAGCCGUGCAAAAGAUUCAAUUCGUGCUGUCAAAGGUGGAGGAUGAAGGCAAAGGGAGCAACAGAUUCUUGAGAAGCAGAACUGUGAUUUUGAGGGACUUCAUUCACAGCGGAAGGAAGAACAGCGGAAGGCGAAAGAAAGGGCCCAACUGUGGGUGUUUCAAGCAAUCAACUAGUGGAAACAGAAGCCGUUCUUGAGUUUUCACUUUGUCUGAAAGAUUGAUUCUUGGAGGUGUUGGUAGGUUUGUUUCUGUUAAGAUAGUUGGAACUGACUCAUCUCAUAAGUUGAGAGGAACUGUAAUAACUAGAUGUUGCUCUAUUUGUGUAUUUUCAGCUCAUCAUUAUGUUGGUCUUAGAAAUAUUGGUGUUUCAUAUGCAAGAAAACCAGUUAAGUUA